UUCGACUUCGAAUUCUAUGGACGGAAGCGGGAUCAACUACCAUCAUCUAACGCAUCUGCAAACGAGGCUCAUAUACCUGCAUGUAGGAAGUUGCUGCAAUAGCGAAAUUCGCGAAACGCCAACGACAGCUUCAACUAACCGUGGGUAUGAAAUCUGCCCAAAACCGAACAAAUAUUCGUAAACCAGCGAACCUUCCACAAGGUGCCACCACCACUACCAAAUCUAAGGAAAGCACCACUCCCACCAAGACACCCAGCAUCUCGGACUUAGGCUACGAACUCGUGCCAGUGCCCGGAUUCAAGUUUCCGUUACAACAACGCUCCGACGUGGAAUGUCUCGAAAAUGCUAUCCAAAACAAUAAAGAUAUUCGUAAAAAAUAUAUUGCUUUUCUCGCUCAACGUAAGCCAAAACACAUGGGUAUACAUAAAUUCAUUUCCACUGUCUUUUCUGAUGAAGCACUAAAUGCGUACAACUUGCACGGUUCCAACACGUCGGGCCGCGCCAAAAUACCCAUGAAAACGUACUCGGUGUUUUAUGACUGUUUCAUCGAAGCAUUCGAAAGUUCCGGUUUGAAUGAGCGCGAGCUACAAUCCCAGCUAACGGCAGCUAUCAAGCAUAGCCGAAAUAGGAUGAGACAGCGCACGUUCCGUGCAAGAAAAAGUCUUGUCAAGAACGAAAAAACCCCCGGCGAUAAAUCGGAAUGAUGGCUGAAUAACCUCAACUACAGCAAAUUAACACAAAAGGGAGUGUAAAAAUACACGCAAGCCUAUCCCCGAAAUCCACGAAACCCUUUAUUUUGUAGAAAGAGCGUAAAGAAUUACGUUUUGUAGAUUCUAAUGGUCACUGGGCUGAAAUUUAGCCAUGAACAAUAAACUUUUUUUUUAAUAUACGUUCAUAAAUCCUUCAA